AUGGAGGCAGACUUGAUGAGCCUCGGCUUUGACUUCUACUUGCAGCCACCGCCUUGCUUCUUCGACGAGCCCCAAGACCCAGGCGUCGUCGACAGCUGCUCUUGCAUCAUGUACGUGCCGAACGAGACUGAGUCAAUUUCCACCGGCCAGUACCUCUCCUGCGGUGAGGACUCGAGCUCGCCUGAUGGCGCCAACUCCUUCUCAACGCAGCAGGCGGUGGCGUCAUCACCGUCGUCGCCGCCGCCGCCAAGGGAAGCGGCGACGACCAAAAACGUAGUCUGGGAGAGGAACCGCCGCAGGAAGCUCAACGGGAAGCUCUACGCGCUCCGCAGCGUCGUCCCAAACAUCACCAAGAUGGACAAGGCGACCAUCAUCAGGGACGCCAUCGCCUAUAUCGAGCAGCUGCAGGAGCAGGAGCGCCGACUGCUCGCCGAGAUAUCCGUUCUCCGCUCCUCUGACGACACCACCGCUGGUGCCGCCGUCAAGACGGAGGAUGCCGCGACCGGCCAGGCAACGAACGACGGUGGCGACGACAGCAACCCGUGGAGGAAAAGGAUGAGAAUGGCGGCGUCCGACGAUGGCCUUCCCCUUUCCAUCGACACCUCACCGCCACUCUAG